CAAUGACUUGUUGACCUCUUAAGCUAUCUUCCUUGCAAACUUCGUUUCUGCUCCCCCGAAAAUGGCGGUGGAUCUGAUGAAUUUUCCCAAGAUGGAUGAUCAAACCUCUAUACAAGAGGCUGUGUCGCAAGGCUUGAAGGGUAUGGAACAACUGGUCCGUCUCCUUUCUCACCAGUCAAACAACGUCGACUGCACUGACCUAGCCGAUCUCACCGUCUCAAAGUUCAAAAAGGCCAUCUCCCUUCUCAACAGAACUGGUCGCGCCCGUUUCAGACGCGCGCCGAUCCAGUCCCUUUCUUCCUCGUCUUCCCCAUCAUCAUCAUCCUCUGCUUCUCUGUCUGUUCCUAAUAUUCAAAAUAAUAUAUCUAUUGCAUCAGCGCUGGCGAACGUAAAUUUGGCGCCGGUUGGAUCUUCGGUUAUCGUUCCCGCUAGUUUCGUUCAAUCUAAGCCACAGAGUUUGACUCUCGACUUCACAAAACCCAAUUUGUUUGGCUCCAACAGUAAAGGCACUGAGUUGGAGUUUACAAAAGAAAGCUUCAGUGUUUCGUCGAACUCUUCGUUUAUGUCUUCUGCCAUCACCGGAGACGGUAGCGUCUCCAACGGGAAGCUAGGAUCAUCUCUAUUCUUGGCCCCGACUUUUUCUGCGGGAAAACCUCCUCUAUCAUCUACACCUUUCAAGAAGAGGUGCCAUGAGCAUGACCAUUCCGAUAACGUCUCUGGCAGGUUAUCUGUCUCCGGCAACAGCAAGUGCCAUUGCUCAAAACGACGGAAAAAUAGGAUGAAGAAGGUGAUAAGGGUACCGGCAAUAAGUUCAAAGAUAGCCGAUAUUCCUGCAGACGAGUAUUCAUGGAGGAAGUACGGGCAAAAGCCUAUCAAAGGCUCUCCAUACCCACGAGGAUAUUACAAGUGUAGUAGCAUUAGAGGGUGUCCGGCCAGGAAACACGUGGAGAGAGCUCCGGAUGAUCCGUCUAUGUUGAUUGUAACUUACGAAGGGGAGCACCGCCAUUCUCAACCUGCGACGCACGAGAAUCUGGCUCCUGCCCUUGUACUCCACUGCUUCUCUAGUCAACGUGAUAAUAAACAACUAUUAAUUUAGAUUAAUUUAUAUAUA